GCUCGACCACACGCAACGCGCGGCUACGAUGUCGGAGGGUGCAAGCGCGGGACCUGCCGACGCCUCACAGGCCUCACAGGCCUCACAGGCCUCACAGGCUAGUGCUGGCCGUCCAUUUUCUUCGGAUCAGGGAGCUGCCGCUACGGACCCGAAGGCAACCGGCGAGGCUAUCGAUGAAAUGCUAGCCGCCAACGACCCCGUCGAAAGCAGCAACGGCAAACGCGCGUACCCGGAGCCCAACUUCCCGAUCGAGCGGUCAGGAGCAGUGGGAGGGAAAGGGAGCUACCCCAUCCGGUUCAAACUGAAGGCGGCGGCCUACACACGGGAGAUCUGCCCGUGCGACGGUCAACCGGUGGGAAACAACGGCGGGGCGAAAGUUCUCCAGGUGCCUCGGAAGCGUAUCAUCGAGUGGCUGAAGCAGGAGGAGCAGCUCAGGGAGAAGGUCAGCGCCAACCCCAAGCUUUCGAAGGCCAAGCAGGUUCCCAGCGGAGGGAAAGCUUCGACAGUCGACGCCGCCGAACAAGCCCUUGUGGACUACAUCAACGAGCAGCGCAAGCAGCACCGCGGUUGUGGUAAUCGGGAGGUGAUCAACAAGCUGCUCCAGCUGAAGCCUGACGCCCUUGGCGGGAUGCCGGCGAACGCGAAACCGGAGGAGGCGCUGGCUUUCAAGAUCAAAUUCAACUCCUGGUACCAACAGUUCCGCAAGCGGAAUGGGUUCAGCAUCCGCCGGCGUACCAGCGUGGGCCAGAAACUGCCGAAGGGGUACGAGGGUACGGCGUGGGCGACGGUGAUGAACCUGCGCGAGGCUCUCGUACAGCGCGCCGGUGCGAUCCAUGCUCGGCGCAACCCGCCGGCACCUGACGAGAGCCCCAUCAAAGGGGAGGAUCUGACUUGCGAGCAGCUGGCGUCUGUGGAGGCGGAGGUUUUCGAGGAACUCGGCAACAUGGACCAGACGCCAGUCCAGCACGAGAUGCCGGUGGAGACCACUCUGGAGAAGACCGGUGCAAAGGAUGCUCGCAUCAGCACAGGAGACGCUUUGAGUGGGGGAUAGCUACAUACUGAAACCUCACGAGUUGAGUGAUGUUGGAUAGUGCCGGACACAGACGCUUUGAGUGAGGAAAGACACAUACUGAAACCUCACAGUUUGAUUUGUAUUGGAGAUUGCCGGACACAUAGACGGGUUGAUGAGGAUAGCUGCAUACUGAAACCUCACAGAUGCAUUGUUUGCGAGACACAUAGACGCGCUGCGUGGGGAUAGCUACAAACUGA